UAUAUUGGAAAAAAAAUAAAAAAUAAUCCGACGGGAAAGGUGGCCGGCAAUGGGAAGGAAUACCAACACCUGACGAAAUGUUGAGCUUGAGCAGUGGCAAAUUCCAAGGAGUGUGUUUACUCACCGUCACCGCAGCAUCCUCGAAGUCGACGUCAUCAUCGACCUUCUUUUCAAUUUCCUCUGGAAGCCGCAGCCGGUGCCUCUCCUUCUCUCCGAGUCCGAGUUUUGAUUGCGUUCGUUGCAGUGUCUCACAGUCACAGCCCCAGGCGAUGGAGAUCAAGCCUGAAAACGACGACGUCCCCAACGGCCUCAACUUCCUCACUAGCAGACCCUAUGUCCCUCCGUCCUGGGCCUCCCACCUCGACCCAAUCCCCUCUCGCUUCUCUUCUCUCGGCCGUCUUCCUACUCCCAUUCACAGGUGGAACCUUCCUAAUCUGCCCAACAACACCGAGGUCUGGCUCAAGCGUGAUGAUCUUUCAGGAAUGCAAUUGAGUGGCAAUAAGGUCCGAAAAUUAGAAUUCUUGAUAGCAGAUGCGUUGCAACAAGGUGCUGACUGUAUCAUAACUAUAGGAGGCAUCCAAAGCAACCACUGUCGUGCUACUGCAGUGGCAGCAAAGUAUUUCAAUCUUGACACUUAUCUUAUUCUACGCACUUCAAAGGUCCUUGUGAACCAAGACCCUGGAUUGACUGGAAAUCUCCUUGUUGAGCGGUUAGUUGGAGCUCAUGUCGAUCUUAUCUCUAAGGAAGAGUAUGCAAAAAUCGGAAGCGUGGCACUCACGGAUUACCUCAAGUCAAAAUUACUCGCUGAAGGAAGAAAGCCAUAUGUUAUUCCUGUUGGAGGAUCAAAUUCCCUUGGAACUUGGGGUUAUAUUGAAGCAGUUAGGGAGAUUGAACAGCAGCUGCAGACUGGAAAUGACGAGAUCAAGUUUGAUGAUAUUGUAGUAGCUUGUGGCAGUGGGGGCACGAUUGGUGGACUGUCAUUGGGAUCAUGGUUGAGUACAUUGAAGGCAAAAGUUCAUGCAUUCUCUGUUUGUGAUGAUCCUGACUACUUCUACGACUUUGUUCAAGGUCUACUUGAUGGGCUUCAUGCCGGUGUUGACUCACGUGAUAUAGUUGAAAUCCAAAAUGCCAAAGGUCUGGGCUAUGCAAUUAACACAUCUGAAGAACUUAAUUUCGUAAGAGAAGUUGCGGAAUCAACAGGUGUUGUUCUUGAUCCAGUAUACAGCGGGAAAGCAGCUUAUGGAAUGAUGAAAGACAUGGGUGAGAACCCAAAGAAGUGGGAAGGGAGGAAGAUUCUGUUCAUUCACACAGGAGGACUGUUGGGGCUGUAUGACAAAGCUGAUGGGAUGGGUUCAAUGUUGGGAAAAUGGCGUCGUAUGGACGUUAAUGAAUCUGUCCCUCGAAUUGAUGGAGUUGGGAAAAUGUUCUAAAACAACUCACACCAAAAGGGGUGGCCGCAACUGCUGUCUAAACAUUGAAAUAAACUUUCUUGGGAUUUUAAUAUAUUAUUGUUACCAAUCAUUUCACCAACACUUAAAACCAUGAAUGCACAUUAAAUUUAUUUUAAACAUGAAUGCAUUAUGGUAAUAACUACCAUGGGUUUGGUGAA